UGUACAGAUGAUAAAUACCCAACUGAGGACCGAGUCCAAUGUAACCUCAAAGUUAUAACCUUCCUUUCUUAUGAAGAAUAUUUGGGUAUCAUUCUGGUCUCUUUUGCCCUGCUUUUGUUCCUAACCACAGGCUUUAUUUUAGUCAUAUUCUUUAAAUACAGAGAAACCCCCAUCGUCAAAGCCAACAACCGGGACCUUUCUUACAUCCUCCUGGUCUCCCUCCUGCUUUGCUUCUUGACUUCUUUUCUCUUCAUUGGUCAAGCAAGGAAAGCCACCUGCCUUCUCCGGCAAACCAUUUUCAGCAUAAUCUUCUCAGUUGCCAUUUCUUCUCUCUUAGCCAAAACAAUCACAGUGGUGCUGGCUUUCCUGGCUACAAAACCAGGAAACCAAGUGAAGAGAUGGCUGGGGAAGAGCUUGGCCAACUCCAUCAUCCUCUCUUGUUCUGCUGUCCAAAUUAUCAUCUGUUCCAUCUGGCUUGGUGUUUCUCCCCCAUUCCCUGACUCUGACUUCCACUCUCAGCCUGGAAUGAUCAUACUGCAGUGUAAUGAAGGGUCUGUUGCCAUGUUCUACAUCACUCUUAGUUACAUGGGCUUCUUAGCUGCCAUCUGCUUCACGGUGGCUUUCCUAGCCAGGAAUCUCCCUGGGGCCUUCAACGAAGCCAAGCUGAUCACCUUCAGCAUGCUGGUCUUCUGCAGUGUCUGGGUGAGUUUUGUGCCCACCUACCUGAGCACCAAAGGGAAAUAUAUGGUGGCUGUGCAGGUCUUCUCCAUCUUUUCCUCCAGUGCUGGGCUGCUUGGCUGCAUCUUCAUCCCAAAGUGCUACAUUAUCAUUCUGAGGCCAGACCUGAAUACAAAGGAACAGCUUACAACCAGAAGAAAUAUAGAAAUGUGA